ACACUGGCACGGGCAGCAGGCGCCCCGUGGCACCUGCAGAGUCUUCUGGCACCGUCUAGACGCCAGUCAGUGCUAUUAAGUGCACCAGCACACCAGAAGUGACACACACACGUCUACCACCACAGUACUAGUGUAAUGAAGUGAAGUGUUUUGUGACCACUCGUUUGGAAAACCGGUUUUGUGUGUUGCUACAGUUAAAACCCAGAUACAAUGGUCAAGGAGACAGAGUACUACGACAGGCUGGGUGUGAGCCCUGAAGCUACAGCUGACCAACUGAAAUCAGCCUACAGGAAACUGGCUCUUAAGUACCAUCCUGACAAGAAUCCACAGGGUGGGGAGAAGUUCAAACAGAUCUCCCAGGCCUACGAGGUGUUGUCUAACACUAAGAAGAGGAAGAUUUAUGAUGAGGGAGGAGAGGAGGCCUUGCAGAGUGGCGGUGCUGGCGGAGGCUUCAGGAAUCCCAUGGAUAUCUUCAACAUGUUCUUUGGUGGAGGUGGAGAGUACGAGGACGAGGAUGAGGAUGGUGACAGCGGCUUUAGCUUCUUCGGUAAGGGCGGCGGUAUGGGCGGCAGCAGGAAGCCGCCGCCCAUGGAACACCGCCUAGUGGUGUCGCUGGAACAGCUUAUGAUUGGCGGCAGGAGGAAGCUUAAGCUGGACCGUAGGCGGCCCUGCGGUGCCUGUGACGGCAGGGGUGGCAGGGUAGACGCCUUCACACAGACCUGCAACACCUGUCAUGGCAAGGGUAUCAAGCUGACGUACCAGCAGCUAGGACCAGGACUAGUGGAGAUGCACGGUACUUGUACUGCCUGUGGAGGCUCCGGCAGGACUAUAGCAGAGGCAGACAAGUGCAAAUUGUGCAAAGGUAACCGCACCGUCAACGAUACCAAGAUUACACAGGUACACGUUGAGAGGGGCAUGAGCAACGGCACCAGGAUCACUCUCAAAGGAGAGGGUGACCAGGAUCCUGGCCAGGAAGCUGGGGACGUGGUCAUUAUCCUGCAGGAGAAGCCCCACUACACCUUCGUCAGGAGGGGGAUUGACCUCCACAUGGAGAUGAAGGUCACACUGACGGAGUCACUCUGUGGGUUCCGUCGUACCGUCACCACCCUGGACGGUAGAACACUCACUGUCACCAAACCAGAAGGAAAGGCUGUGGAGCCAGGAUGUGAGAUGAUGGUGGAGGCUGAGGGACUGCCUCUCUGCAGGAACCCUUAUGUUAGGGGAGAUCUCUUCAUUAAGUUCACGAUCGAGUUCCCAGACACGGUAGACAGUGACUUCAUCUCUGAAUUCGAGGCGAUGUUUCCCCGUCCACCCAAGACCCAGGAGCUGACAGGGGAGGAAGAGCUGGUCAACAUGCUGCCCCUGGAGCAGCCUCCGGGAGGAGGAGGUGAAGGUGGGUCUGAAAACGCCUACAACGACGAGAGAAUGGAGACAGACGACCAGCCUCCGACUGGAUGUAGGCAGUCGUAGUGGGACGACACAAGGGGAGAGUGAGGUGGUUCCAGAGGAAGAUAUGGUCGUAAUGCGACACUGAAGAUAGGGUCGUAGUAUGACAAUGAAGAAAGACAGAGUCGUAGUGUGACACUGAAGGAUGAUGGAGUCGUAGUGUGGCAUCAAGGUAAGACAGGGUCGUAGUGUGACACCGAGGGUAAACAGGGUCGUAGCAUGACACGAAAUAACAGUUUUCAACAGCUAUCAAGAACAUCCUGGAGAUACUGACAGCUAACACACAGUCUUCCACCAACACACUCGACAGCCACAACAAAUCAGCUGCCGUGGUGGGUCCACUUAUACAUCGACAAAUCGACCAAAAGAUCUUGGUCUAUCAAUCACUCGACAAAUACCACUUCAGAUAUAACCAGGCCGAGUAGACCAGACGGUACAAGCCGCUGAAACUGCUUUCUAAAUUUAACAACAGGUUAGGUUAGGUUAGUCAGGAAACAGGACAAGUGUUUCAUGACAAUGGUCUAGUCACAUGACCCCGCAGCUGGAGUUUGUGGUCAUCUGGCUGUGACCUUCCACUGGCCUACCCCUUCACCCCGUUAAAAAAUAAGAUUACAGUUACAACCAUAGUAUAUGGUACUUAACUACAGCUACGGUACUUUCUAAACUUAACUACAGCUACGGUACUUUCUAAACUUAACUACAGCUACGGUACUUUCUAAACUUAACUACAGCUACGGUACUUUCUAAACUUAACUACAGCUACGGUACUUUCUAAAAUUAACUACAGCUACGGUACUUUCUAA